UAAAGUAGGACUUUUAUUUUGCCAUUUAGCGGAAGUGCCUCUUGUUGAUUCACACAUGGCGUUCACGCAGAAAUGCUGGAUUUGUGACUGAGCGCUGUUGUUUUGUAUUUUACACAGACAUGGCAGGAACAGAGAUGGACCCUGAAGUGGCCCGGGGCUUAUUUGAAGAAGGAGCCACUCUUGUCUUACUCGGUGUUCCCGAGGGUACAGAGUUGGGGCUCGACUACAAAACCUGGACUUUGGGCCCCCGGUUCCGCGGGGUGAAGAUGAUUCCUCCCGGGCUCCACUUCCUCCACUACUGCUCCGUCAGCACGAGUGGAGCCUGUGGGGAAAUCAGCCCCAAAACUGGCCUGUUCCUGUCCCUGAAACCCCGCGAGGUGCUUGUGGCCCACUGGAACCAGGCUGAAGAUGACCUGGAGAUCUCUCAGAGCCCGGAGGAGGUGGAGCGCGUGCGGGCCAAUCUCCGGGAGCUGGACGGGUAUCUGGGCCCAUAUCCCUACGACACCCUCCGGAAGUGGGUUUCGCUGACGAACCGACUCAGUCAGGAGGUGGCCAGCGCUCUCCAGCCUCUCAGCGGGCGCGUGUGUGCCUUCAGCGACGUGAUCCCAGAACUGCAGCUGACCCACACUAAAGACCGGGCCGAGCAGAACCUGCCCCGACUCCAUCAGGAGUGCCAGAGCAUGAAGGAGGGCCUGGAGCGGCUGCCCCGGAUGAAGCACAGGGAAGGCACAGAGCUGAGGUUCUCUCACAUCCCCAAACAGGCGUACCCUCCCGGGGCGACCCCGGCUCAGAUCACACAGUAUAGCAUGGACUGGACCUACUCUCUCAACUGCGUGCUCGAGAGACAUUAUAAAGAGCAGCCGCUCGAUGUGCUAGGCGAGCUGCAGUUUGCGUUUGUGUGUUUCCUGCUUGGGAACGUGUACGAGGCGUUCGAGCACUGGAAGAGCCUGCUGGCGCUGCUGUGCCGCUGCGAGGAGGCCAUGCGGGAGCGCCGGGACCUGUACCUCGGCCUCGUCGCCGUGCUCUACCACCAGCUGGGAGAAAUCCCUCCAGACUUCUUUGUGGACAUCGUGUCCCAGAACAACUUCCUCACCUCCACACUUCAGGACUUCUUCCAGUUCGCCAGCAGCCCCGGGGUCGACAGCACAUUACGGAAGAGAGCUGAAAAAUUUAAAGUCCAUCUGACCAAAAAGUUCCGCUGGGACUUUGAUGCGGAUCCGGAUGAAUGUGCUCCGGUGGUGGUGGAGCUUCCCGAGGGACUCGCGCUGGAAUGAGGCACUUCAACGCACACACACACACGCACAUUCUCUCAUCACAGACUACAGUUUUCAGGAUAGUCUCCUGUUCUUGUGAAUUGCUUCUUCUUUGACCAUUUAAUUUUUAUUAAAGCUGAUUCUUUCACAUUGUUGUUCUUGCUUUGGGUUGUAUGUCCCUGAAGUUCUGAACGCCACAGGAAGCCACUGGAGGGCAGGCUAGCACACACGUGUUUGUCUUCUAGACCCAGAAUCUUAUAUUUCCUGAAACGGGCGGUUUAUAAUUGUUGCUCCUUUUUGUAUGUGGUCAAUCUUGGUGCGUGUUUGCAAUAUCAUCAGAACAAGAAAUUGUUGCUCGCAUGCCCACAUGUACAGUAGACUAAAACGAACCCAGAACCUUAAGUAUAAGUGUCAGCAUGUAACCCGUCCCACGUGUGGUUGAUGUGGACAUGAGUGUUGCUGUGGACAUGAGUGACUCCUCAAAUCACGUGAUGUGAGAGAUGUGAUCGGAUCAUCCUGCUGGAUGAAAAAAGCAUGUGGACAAAGAAUGGAAUAUAGAAACAUUUCAGGCCUAGAAUUUGGUGGCCGUUCUUUGAAACUAUUGAGGAUAUAAUGCAAUAUAGACUAUUAAUCAUGUAUGGACAUUUUUCAAUCACUUUCCCAGCAGUUGCCUUCUAAUUUA